AUGUCUCGAGAUUUGACGUUCAACUCCCGCCACCACACCGACGCCGCCAACGACCAGGCGCUGCUGCUGCUGUCGCGAGGGUCCCCCGACCCGUUCUCAGACAGCCACCAGGCGCUGGUGCCGGCCAUGGCCUCGUCGGGCAUCCGCCACCCUCAGGGACCGGUGCCGUUGCCCCAAGAUAGCUUCGGCAGCGCUACUCCCGACCUGAGGCUGACGCUGGCGCUGCCCCACGACGACGACGACGGCCUCUCGUUCCAACCCUACCAGCACCAGUACCCCAGUGUCCCCGAGCUCGGGGCGCUGGGCGCCGGCACCCGCUUGCUCAGCGACCACGAGUACUUGCGCCAGCUGCUGGCGCUGCCCCUGUUGCACGUCCCCGCCGAGUACGACCGCUACCCGCUGAUGGAAGGGCUGCGCGUGGUGCUGCUGACGCUGUUGGCGCUGCAGUGGAAGCACUACCAGCACGAAAACCCCCUGAGCUCCGACGAGAGCAACCCGUUCAUCUCCCACACCGAUUUCUCGCCGUUUGGCGGCUACCCGGCGACUCAGUUCCCCCUCCACAUCGACGAUAAAGAACCCGACGAUUACCUCCAUAAUCCUGACCCUGUCGCCGACGCCGAGUACGAAAAGAACCGGUUUAUCUACGACUUAAAGACCGCCGACCGUCGUGUCAUUGGCGGCAUCUCGGCGUUGGUGGUGAUGGUGCUCGGUGCCGUUGCCAUUUUCGUGCUUAUCCCCGUGUUCACCUACUCCGGGGUCGGCAACCACGUUGUCCCCCAGCGCUACGAAGUGCUCACUCACUACCUGUACCCGCUUAUGGGGGCUAUUCGUACCUCAUUGGUGGACCCCGAUACUCCUGAUGAGUACCUCACCAAAAAGGCUCGCGACGGCUCCGAAUGGACAUUGGUGUUCUCCGACGAGUUUAAUGCUGAAGGGCGUACUUUCUACGAAGGCGACGACCAGUUCUGGACCGCCCCCGACUUGCACUACGAUGCCACUAAAGAUUUGGAAUGGUACGACCCUGACGCCGUCAUCACCGAUAAGGGGACCGUCAACUUGAGAAUGGACGCGUUCAAGAACCACGACAUGUUCUACCGGUCGGGUAUGCUCCAGCUGUGGAACAAGUUCUGCUUCACUCAAGGGAGAUUCGAAGUGAGUGCUCGUCUCCCCUUCUACGGUAAUAAGUCAGGUUUGUGGCCCGGUUUGUGGACGAUGGGUAACCUCGGUAGACCCGGUUACUUAGCCAGUACCGAAGGGGUGUGGCCUUACUCCUACGAAGCCUGUGACGCCGGUAUCACCGCCAACCAGUCGCUGCCGGACGGUAUCUCCUAUUUGCCCGGUCAAAGACUUAACCUGUGUACCUGUAAGGGUGAAGACCACCCUAACCCUGGUACUGGUCGUGGUGCUCCCGAAAUUGAUGCCAUUGAAGCCGCCAUGGGUGACGGUAUCGGGCAAGCGUCGCAGUCGCUUCAAGUGGCUCCCUAUGAUAUCUGGUACAUGCCUGACUACGACUUCGUUGAAGUGCACAAUAAGCUGGUGACAAUGAUGAAUACCUAUACCGGGGGUCCCUUCCAACAGGCCAUUUCUGCCAUUACCAAUUUGAACUGGACGUGGUACGAAUUGGGUGACGGCCCGCACAAUUUUCAGAUCUACGGGUUUGAAUACUUAAACGACCAGGAUAAUGGUUACCUCCAAUGGUUUAUUGGUCCUGAUCCGACGAUGACGGUCCACCUGUGGGCUUUACAUCCAAACGGUAACAUCGGGUGGCGGACGUUGCUGAAGGAGCCGAUGUCGAUCAUCAUGAACAUGGGUAUCUCGAACAACUGGGCCUACAUCGACUGGAACGCCCUCAAGUUCCCCGUCACCUUCCGCAUCGACCUGGUGCGCGUGUACCAGCCCAAGGACCAGAUCAACGUUGGUUGCGACCCCCCCGGCUACCCUACCCAGGAAUACAUCAACAAGCACAAGGACAUCUACUACAACGUCAACUUGACCUCGUUUGAGAAGGCGGGUUACACGUUCCCCAAGCACAAGCUCAUGGGGUGCUAA